UCCGCCCGAGCGCGGGGCCAUGAAGCGCGGCGCGGCGAGGCGCGGCGCUCCGAAGCGCGGCAGGCGCGUGCCGCCGUCCGCCGGUGCCUCAACCCCGCGGCGCGACCCUCACGGCUUCGACGCCUUCGCUGCGGAAACGGAGGCCGCGCUGAGAGCCUGUUUGGAGGGAGAGCGGGGCGCCGAGGAGUGCGGCCCGGAGGCGAAGAUUCCGUGUCCUCUUGCCAUGUGGGAGCUCGGACACUGCGAUCCGAAGAGAUGCACUGGGAGGAAACUGGCCCGAAAAGGGCUGCUCCGAAACCUGCGCCUCAGCCAGAGGUUCCCCGGCGUCGUUCUCAGCCCUCUGGCCGCCGUCUGCGUGUCUCCCGCCGACAGGCAUAUCAUUGCUCAGAACGGAAUUGCAGUUAUAGAUUGCUCGUGGGCUAAAUUAGAAGAAACGCCCUUUAAGAAAAUGAGAGGAGGUCAUCCAAGGCUGCUGCCUUACCUGGUGGCUGCAAAUCCUAUCAACUACGGCCGGCCGUGCAAGCUGUCUUGUGUGGAAGCUUUUGCUGCAGCUUUUUGCAUUGUUGGACUCCCAGACCUAGCCACCAUUCUUCUAAGGAAAUUUAAAUGGGGGAAGACAUUUACUGAGCUGAACAAAAAUCUCUUGGAAAAAUAUGCAGCUUGUCAAUGCCAUGAAGAAGUGCUAGGUGUUGAAAAGGACUUUCUAGCUAGUGUCAAAGAAAUAAAAGAAGAAGAAGAAACAGAUCCAUUUGAUGUUGACUCAGGAAAGGAAUUUUGUAACCCCAAUAGGCCAAUUAAUUCUUCAAGAAUAACACAAAGUAAUGAAGAAUCAGAGGAGGACAGUGCAAGCACUCCAGAUGAUACCAGUGAGAGCAGUAGUGAGAACAGUCCAGAAGAUGAUGAUCCUGGGAAGUUUUUCCAAGAACAGCCAACAAUAAAUCAACUACCUGAGAAGUGAAAACAAAGAAAAGCACACCAAAAACAUGCCAACAGCUGACAAGAGUUCUACACUAUCUUGUACAAAUAAACUUUCUUGUUAACAA